AUGAUGUCUUCUCGCUUCUCGCCUGCGUCGGAUCCCGCCCGCCCGUCUGAGACCGGUCCGGAUUCAAGGGUUAAAGUCCCUGUCAACACCAGCUCGACAUUGGUCGCCUCGCUUGGUUCCCUUGCCCUUCGAUUCUUCGCUUCGGCCGCGUCUUACCUUCGCCCUCUUCUGGCUUCCCCCUGGGAACGGAUCAGGUACGCGCUCACUCACCGGCAACUCCCCUUGACUGGGGUUGAGCUCAUGGAGUUUCGCUCACUGAUCUUGUCCUCCAGUGGCUUCCUCUUCGCUCCGGCACCCCUCGCGAUGCUUGUCGACAGCUCGUCUCCUCGUCAACCCCAGACCAGAGCUUCUCGACCCUCGAUCACGGCGCCCUCUUCUUCUCAUGGUAUGUCCUCUCCCUCUGAGGGCUUUUGUUCGCGGUUCACUGCUCCUGUCCCCUUCGUCUGUACCCCUCCCCCUCUGUCCUCCCGAGCGUUCACGCUCAGCAUGUCCCAUUACAUGGGUUCUCUUCCAAGAAGAAGCCCUUCCCCUGUUCUUGUUUCUGGUCGUCCUCGUUCCCCUCCCCGCGCCUCUCCCGCUCCGUCGGUCGAGAGGAACACCAUCCCCAUUGACAUCUUCUCUCCCCUUCUGCCCCGAUCCCCUUUUGCCCCAACCCCCUCCAGGCUCCCCCUCUUUGAGAACGAGACCUGCGCGGUUCAUCAUCCUUUUGUUCCUUAUGUUUCUGCUUCUCCUGCCCCGGAUUCCAUCAGGACGCCUUCGGUUUCCUUUGUCACCUCGCACUGCCUUGAAGACCCCUUUGUCGAUUCCCCUUCCCCUACCCGCCCUGUGCCUGACUUUGAUCAGCUCAUGGCAUUUGCCGAAAGGCAGAUUAGCAGGGCACGCAGUGCCCGGCUUCAUCCCACGCGUUUUGUUUCUUCUUCCAUCUCUGGUUCUUCCCUUUCCUUUUCUGCGUCUUCCCCUGUUGUUUCUUCCCCUGUUGUUUCUUCCCUUGUUGUUUCCUCUCCUGCUGUUUCUUGCUCUAUUGUCUCUUCUUCCCCUUGUCUUCCUGUUGCUUCCCCUGCUGGUUCCUUGGUUUCUGCCCCUCGCGAGAUGGAUACAAUGGAUCGUAGUGUCGAGCGCAUGCGCCUUCGGGCAAUUGAACUUGACCGCGAGACUGCGUUGAAGCUUGCACAGCUCAAGGCUCUGGUGGCCAGUGGCCCGCUGACGAAGCCGUCUGCUGACAAGAGCUACGACUACUCUACGGACUCGCCGACUCCUCACACCAUCUCGAACUGGGACUCUACCCUCGAGGAGGAUCGCAUCAGUUCGUACUCAUUUACACACAUGCCCACGCCUACGGCACAGGUCCCCGCAGCCUUGGCUGAGUGGGAUACUUCGCCGUCGACUUCCUCUGUUGUUUCUGCUUCUCCUGCUGUUUCUGCUUCUCCUGUUGUUUCUGCUUCUCCUGUUGUUUCUGCUUCUCCUGUUGUUUCUGCUUCUCCUGUUGUUUCUGCUUCUGUUCCUGUUGCUCCUCCCCAACCAUCUUCGCCCGUCUUGACCCCGGUCAAGAUCAUGCCAGAUGGUAGCAUUCGUGUGCGCUGCUUUGUACCCCAUAUCCCAGAUCCCCUCCCCAUGUCUCCUGGUGGCGAUGCGGUCCUGCGCAAGUUUGCGCGGAACGUUACCCAAGCCCACUUUGCCGCUCGCGGUAAGAAGUUGCCCCCUUCCUGGACGCCCCCUUCUUUUGCUCAUGGAAAGCCUGGUUUCUCCAAGCUUCCGCAACCCAUUCCUGUAUCCCCUCCACCCCCUCGUCGCAUUGUUUUCAUUAGUCGUCGUUCUCGUCGUGCUGGUCCUUUGUGA